CAUUUGAAGUUUUUUCUAUUUGGUCCUAGGUUAAAAAAAAAAACACAAAAAAAAUGCUCCUACAUAUUUAUUAUAGAAAAUGACUAACUUUGACUACUGUUUCUCUGCAUCACUUUAUUCACUUCAUGAAUAAAACAUCAAAGUAAAAUCUACUCAGCACCAGGGAGCCGAGAAGUACUGUUGACACUCAGUACCUCCUACUCUUGCCCUCUCUGGAUUCCUUUUCUAUCACGGCUUUAAACACAAGUCGAAUUCUCAGUGUUGGAUUCAAACCUUUUCUUGCCUGUCGCUUGAUCUUUUCCACAGUCGCUGAAAAGAGAAACAGUCUGUCCCCAUAGCAGGCUUUUGUCAGGUUUUAAGAGUAUUGAAACAUCAAAUGUUUAAAACCGCACGACAGAGUCAACGCUAGAUUUUUAAACAAAGAACACACACAAAAAAGAAAUACUUGGAAACAAAAAGAAAGUGGUACACCCUAAAAUCCUAUCUGCAAUUUUCUUGAGUGUUUUUACCAUGUAUUGGUCUGUAUCUGGCUUAUUUAUUGAUGCACUUGGGAAGUGAGGCUUGAAUACAACAGAUGAGCUUGAAGCUGUUGUAGAACUUAAUAUUGUUUCUGACAGAACAAUGUCAGAACCAAUAUUCUGUCAGAACUAUUGGUUCUGUCAAUGUCUGUCAGAGGAGUGUGUCCAUAUAUUUCAAUGUUAUGUCUGAUUUAAGUUAUGCUAUUUUGCUUUUUGUGCAUUUGGGGAAUACCGGACUAAAAUACUGCCAUCAUUGCCAUCAAAUUGUUAUAUAUGUAAAUGAAUAACGUGAGAUUGAUGAUUCUUCCAAUGAAUCGGGCCCAUGUACAAUGACGUUGUUGUAAGUCCCUGCUAAAAAUAUGUCCCUUUCUUGUUUCAUAACAAUCUUUCUGUAAUAUCUUCUGUAUUUAUAAUAAUUAUUCAUUCACUUUCUUUUUCCAGAUAUUGAGUAUAAAGUCUACCAUCCUUUCAAGAUGUUUGUGGGAACCCCUCUCGAUAGCAGUUCAACCUGUCCCGUCCAAGCAAACGGUCCAGACCCCAAAAGUCCAGAUUCUCAGUCAGAUGGUCCUUCAUCUUCUUCUCCACAACAUUCGCUUCCCUGCUGGGCAACCCAGGCUCAGAGCGACCUCGCCCAGGCCAGGGAGGAGUUACGUCAGAUUCAGCUACGUCGUGCAACUGAGAUUGAGACGGUUAAGCGGGGCGUAGAACGGGCGAUCCUCGGAGCACGCAGAGAAGAGAAGCGUCUGCUGGAGAGGGUGGAGCAGGACCAUCGGGACACUCAGCAACGUUUGGAACAAGUUGAGAGAGAGAACAUGGCAGCCGCCAGGGUGAGUCAGUCUCUGUUGGAGCAAAGGUUUGAGAAGUUGGUUCGGUUUCAACAACGACUCCAGACAAUGGAUCAGUCUGUUCUAUCUGAAAAGGGACCAAACCAAAACCCCUUACUAGAGGAGAUUUCAGAGUUCCUGCAGCCCUGGGAAAUCUCUGUUUCUCUUAAGAAAGUAAACUUCAAACCAAGCUCCCAGCCCAAUGCAGUCACUUUCGGAGACAUUCGAGUGGAAGAGCAACAUCUCUGUCUGAAUGUUGGAGGCUGUGGGCCAAAUGGAAAGCUGUGUGCCUUACAUUCACAGGAGAUGCAUUGUGAAGACAUAAACCAAAAAAGUUCUAAAAGGGCAAAAAGCACAGAAGGACAGGGUUGGACAUCACCGACAGGCAGGACGGUCAAAAGGAUCAACCUCUUCAACCGUAGUGAUGUAGAGUCAGAGGAAGAGCAGAAGCUUUCUUCUGCAAAGAUACACCACUGGCUGCCUAAAUGUGAACAGUUUGCCUGGGAAGCAUCCCAAGUUGAUGAGAUGGAUAAAAGUUGCUUUGAGCAACAAGGGGAGAACUUAUUUUUGGCUGUCCCUUCUGCUAGAAAUAAGGAUAUUAAAGCAAAGGACAUGGUAUGCACGAUGAGCAAUGCUGGAAAAUAUUGCUCACCCUCUAAUCAGAGAAAGGUGCUUUCUGUGGCCACUAGUAGAAAAGCGUCUCCUUCCCCUGAGCGAAGACAGGAAUCUGCCAAGAUGAGUCGUUGCUUGAGCCUAGAUAGCAAUGGGGCAGAAAAAAGAAAAGGAAGACUUGAUUCGAAUAAUGGACCUUAUGUUAGUAGUACACUAGCAUCUAGGAUGGCUCAAAGAGAUCAUUUGGUGAGUCAAAGCUGCCUAGAUAUUACCUCCAAAGUAAGAUCACACUCUCGUCUUAGCCAGUCUUCUGAUGAACACUCUCUGGGGACGUUAGGUGACUCUGGACGUGCGCCAUCUCCAGCAGACAGCCUUGACUCCACCUAUACCUUUAUUGUUAGCCCAUCACACAACUUCAGUUUGAACAAAGGCUCUUUGAAUCACAGUUUUCACCUGUCCAAGUCAGCAGUGGAUUUAACACACAAGACAAGGCCGUUGAUUAGUAGUGGCGCAAAUAAGCAAGAAUUAUACAAAGUUAGAAGUGGCAACUUCAACUCCAUGUUGAGUUCCACCUCAGUAUCACCACCUCUAAGUAGGGAAUUUGACAGCGGUCAGAUCCUCUCUUACCCUAAUCAUGUUGGUCAUAGCAUCUUGCCACAGUCUAAGAAAUCCACAACUGGGUUAAGACAAGUCCCUGUGGCUAGGUCAGUGUCAAUGUCAGUCAUAGAUGGUUCCUCUCAAGAACACAAGCGAGGCAGAGAGGAAAGAGGAGAGACAGCCCUGGUGGAGUUGGAGGAAGAGGUCGAUCCAUUGCUUAUGGAAAUCACUGCAAGCGGUGUUCAUCUCAUGGGGCAGUUUGGGAGGCAAGGUUCAGGCCGGGCUGAUCUUACCCUGCCAAGUGGUAUCCAUGCCACACCACAGGGGCAGCUCUUUAUAGUUGACUGCGGAAAUGCACGUGUCCAGGUGACUGACCCUCAGGGGAAUGUCCUUCAGCAAGUAAGUUCCCCAAACAUCAGUGGCUCCUCCAGAAGAUGCCGUAACUACUUUGACAUUGCUGUCAAUGCCAAAGGUCUAAUCGCCUUAAGCUGUGCUGCAGAAAGAGCUUUGCUUGUGUUCAGCCGACAUGGUCGCCUGCUCGAGACUUUUGGAGGAUCUACGUUGGGCUCUGCAAAGGAUGAGCUAGAAGCUCCCCGAGGGGUGGCUGUAACUAGACUAGAUGAAUUCUUGGUAGCUGAUAUCAGAAAAGGUACCCUCAUCGCCCUGAAGCUUGACCCUAAAACGGGCUCCAGGCUCGAACGCACAGUGGUGACCGGAUUCCACAGGCCUUACUUGGUGGCAACCUGUUUGAGCUCGGGCAUGGUAGCAGUGUCCGAAAGGGGCAAUGAAACAGGACGAGUGCCUUGCAUCAAAGUUCUGGAGCCAAGUUGGAACACAGUGAGAGUUCUUGGCGUAUGUGCUGGCAUGGGACCAAUCCUCACAUGUCCCUGGGGCAUAUGCAUCGAUAAAGACAGCAAUAUCUUAGUUGCAGACUGGGGAGAGCAGCACAGAAUUGUGUUGUACUCUGCUCAAGGCGUGGGCUGGCCCAUCGUACGCCAGGGAUUGAGCAGCCCACGCGGCCUGACCUUAUUACCAGACGGGCAACUAGCCGUGUCCGACAGCAUGCACCAUUGCAUUAAGAUUUACAAUUAUAAAGGGUGACAUGACUAAAUUGACCUUAUUUACAUUUAAGGAGAAGGUUUGACAAACUGGUGAGUUAAACACUGGUAUCUAGAACUUGUAUUAAAAUAAUAAAAACAAUCUAGUUCAUCUUACAGCUGAUGUGGUAAUGGUCAGAUAUGUCUGUAAGGAUGAUGCAUCGUAUCAGUUUGACAAUGAUACAGUAUAAUUUUGAGUUUGCAGUAGCUGGAAGACACAUUUGGUUGCCUUUGUAAGUCCAAGGGUAUCCUUAAAAAAAGAAGCAAUAUAAACGUGUAAAGAUUCAAAACUGCCUAGCAUGUGUUAAGGUUAUCUACCAUUAGUAUUUUAGUUUGUUUUUAUUUUGUUGUUUGCUGUGUAGCUUUUACAAUCGAGAGGCGUUACAUCAUUUGUAGUACAGUGAACCCUCGCUAUAUCGCGGUUCACCUUUCACGGUCUCGCUGCUUCGCGGAUUUGC